UUACAAUCAAGUUCAAGCCCAUUAUCUCUUCCUAUCAGGGAAGGUUUGAAAAUAUUACUUUGUAUAUUGGCCUAGUCAGUAGUCAGUUUUGACAGUGCAUGGAACUUCUUGAAGUAAAAGGACUGCUAAGGGUGAUUAAAGGAUGUGCUUAUGUAACACGUUAGUGCGGUCUCAUGAAUAUUUGAAUCCGAAGGCUCAUUGCAUUUUGAUUUUGUUUUGCGUUCUAUUGCUUUAUGAAUUAGAACUUUUUCACUGUUCUUCCUUUGUUUUUUAUAUUUUUUCUGAAUAUCAGGGAAGUUGUGGAGUUUAUACAGUAUACAUAUUGGAGCAUUCUUUUCCCAUAUAGGACUUGGACUUGGGUUUUUUAGUUCACUGAACAUUAUAUAUAUCACACUCACUGUUUUGAGGACAAUAAGCGAUCUCCGGAAGGCUUUAGGGAUUUUUUUUAUCACACUUUAGUUCUAUGGGCAUCGUCUAUUGUAAUGAAUGACACUUCUUUUAUUGAACUUUACGCUGCUCUUUGCAGCUCUUAGCCUGUAGCAAGGCUCUUUGUAUACCCCCUGUGUACUCGGGCCUUGCCCUUUUGAUGUUCUAAUAUAUCUCUUUUACUUAUAAAAAAAAAAUAUAUAUAUAUAUGUGUAACACAUCUCCUUUUUUGUUUCCUUCUAUUCCUUGUCUCGUAAACUUCCUUGUCCUAGCGUAACAUACUUGAUAUUCAGCCUUCUCCUGAUUUUAUUCUCCUUAAGAUUGUCCUAUAUUUUUCCUCUUGUUUUUAACUAUUGUCCUGAUCGAUGCUUCUGUUCGAACAAGCCAUUGUUCUCCAGCAGCAAAUGAGCAACAAAACACAACUUGAGAUUAUGUACUCUAGCUCCUUUUAGUGUCUCCGUCUCAAACUGGAAAAAAGGCCUUUACAUGACUAAAUAACUUUCCAUGUUGUGAAUAUUUUCUGCAGAGAUAAUCUUUUUGUUGAUUGCAAUUUCUUCAAAUUGAAAUUGAGAGCAUCAACUUAUAUAUUUUUAUCCUCUUAUAACCAAUAUUUGAAAUUCUCUAUCAGAAGGGGAUUAAUGAUGUUCUGAGUGUACUUCAGCCCCUACAUAAGUAACAUUAAAUUUAUUUGAUGUUUUUGAUAAAAAAAAAAAAAAAAUUGAUUAUAAUCCCAGUGCUUUAUUUUGAAUACCAAUCCAUUUAAACCAAUAUACUAUUUUAUAGAACCAGCAAAAUAAGAGGACUGAAUACUAACAUUGGGGUACAAAAAGAAAAUUUUAGUGGUUAUGGAGAAUAUGCUAGCAAUUUUGAUAUUCAUAUUCACAUUUGGAGUUGCUCAGAGUUAAUAAUCUGUACGUCUGUCAAGAUGAUUCAAUACCUCCUGAGUGAGGGUUUCCUUUCAUUAUAUAGGCACAAGUGUGCAAGAUACAAGGCUGAAAUCAAGGCUAAAUUACAGGAAUUAAAUCUAUUUACAAGAAAGGAAACUAUGACUAUGUACAAAAUCUGUCUAAGUAUGGAAAGUCUGCUAUCUAAAUAAGGAAGUAAAUAUAUACAACUCAUAACAGAAAAUAAGGCAAGUGGAGACGUAUCAUGCUGUCAUUAAUCUGUCUAAGUAUGGAAAGUCUGCUAUCUAAAUAAGGAAGUAAAUAUAUACAACUCAUAACAGAAAAUAAGGCAAGUGGAGACGUAUCAUGCUGUCAUCCCCCCUCAAAUUGAUGCUGGUCGGUCAAGAAGCAUCAAUUUGCCCACAAGAAACUGAUGACGGUGUCGUGUCAUGGCCUUAGUAAAUAUAUCAGCAAUCUGGAGGUCAGUAGAAAUAUGAGGAAGAGAAAUGAUGUGAGUGUCCAAUACUUCCCGAAUGGAAUGACAGUCCACCUCAAUGUGUUUCGUGCGUUCAUGAAAAACGGGAUUGGCAGCAAUUUGAAUGGCACUAGUGUUGUCAGCGUGGAGAGGAGUAGGAUCAGACUGAGCGCAACCAAGCUCAGCGAGGAGACCACGAAGCCAAAGAAUCUCAGAGCAAGCAGCAGACAUCGCACGGUAUUCAGAUUCAGUGGAAGAUUUGGAAACACGAUCCUGUUUCUUACUCUUCCAAGAGAUCAAGGAGUCACCAAGAAACAUGCACCAGCUUGUAACAGAGCGUCGCGUAUCAGGACAUCCCGCCCAAUCAGCGUCACUGUAAGCCACAAGAUUAAGAGAAGUCCCAGUAGGAAAGAACAGGCCACGGCUAGGAGAGCCGCGAAGAUAGCAAAUAAUACGACGAACAGCAGCAAAAUGUAGAUGACGGGGAGCCUGCAUGAACUGACUAACCUGCUGGACAACAAAUGAAAUAUCAGGCCGAGUAAUAGUCAAAUAGUUCAGGCUCCCCACUAAUUGUCGAUACAGAGUAGGAUCAGAGAGGAGAUCACCCUCGUCCCGACGAUAUUUCGUGUUUACUUCCAAAGGAGUAUCCACAGAAGCAGUAUCCUGGAGACCAGCCAAAGUAAUCAGAUCCUGAGUAUAUCUAUGCUGAUCCAAAAAAAUGCCAGAUAGAUCAGUAUGAACUUCCAACCCCAAGAAGUAUGUAAGAGGACCAAGGUCCUUCAUAUGAAAUGAGGCUUGAAGAUGCUGCUGCAGUUGGGUGAUCAAGACAGAAUCCGUCCCAGUAAUAACAAUAUCAUCAACAUAAACCAGAAGAAGAACAAUUCCAAUCGAUGUUUUGCAGAAAAAUAAAGAAGAGUCAUAUUGACUCUGCUUAAAGGAAAAUUGAAGCAAAGUGGAGCAGAAUUUAUCAAACCAUGCACGAGGAGCUUGUUUCAACCCAUAUAACGAGCGUUUCAACUUACAGACAUCUGAGGGAGAAGAAGAGGACAAACCAGGUGGAAUGGUCAUGUAUAUCUCUUCUUUAAGGUCGCCAUGAAGAAAGGCAUUUUUGACAUCCAUUUGAUGAAGAGACCAACCUUUAGAGGCAGCAACAGAAAGGACAGUUCGCACUGUAGUCAUCUUAGCCACCGGAGCAAAAGUCUCCUCAUAGUCCACUCCAUACUCUUGCCUAUUGCCAAGUGCAACCAAACGGGCCUUAUAUCGAUCCAGAGUCCCAUCGGAACGCAGCUUGAUAGAAUAAACCCAUUUGCAACCAAUAGGUUUCACCUGAGCAGGACAAGGGACAACAUCCCAUGUAUGAUUAUCUUGAAGAGCUUGAAGUUCAUCGGCCAUCGCCCCACGCCAACAAUCAUGUUUAGCGGCCGCAGAAUAUCCGGACGGAAUAGGAAUGGAAGACAAAGUAGUAUGAAGAGAGGUAUGGGAGAAACCAUACCGAUCAGGCGGACGAGACACUCUGGUCGAACGACGAGGAACUGUGAUAGUGUCCGGAUCACCCGUAGAAGAUGCAGUCGGAGCAGGCUCAAAUGGCGGAUCAGGCUCAGGAAGGGGCAAAGUAGGAUGUCGUCUUUCAUAGACAAGGCCAGGUUUGAAGCGAACAGAAGAAGAAGCCAAGUCAUCAAAAUUAGGCAAGACAGGCAUCUCAGGCAAAGACUCAACAUGAGAAGAAAAGAAUGACUGAUUUUCAAAGAAAACAACAUGACGAGAAAUGCGAAAUCGGUUAGAGCAUGGAUCAUAGCAAACAUAACCUUUGUGCGAAGUACUAUAACCCAUAAAAGCACAUUUGACCGAUUGAGCAGAUAGUUUAUGACGCUCAUGGGAAGGUAAAUGAACAAAACAAACACAGCCAAAAGUAUGCAUAUCAAGGUAGCUAGGAUGCCGAUGAUAAAGACGAAAGUAAGGAGUUUCAAAAUUCAGAACACUCGACGGCAAUCUAUUAAUUAAAUAAACAGCCGUAGACAAGGCUUCAACCCAGAAUUUAGAAGGAACAGAUGAUUGAAGCAAUAAAGUACGAACAACAUCCAACAAAUGUCGAUUUUUACGUUCAGCGACACCAUUCUGCUGAGGUGUAUAAGGACAAGAACGUUGAGAAACAAUGCCACGUUGUUGAAGAAAAUCAUGAAACUCACUAGACAUAUAUUCACCACCUGAAUCAGUCCUUAGAAUUUUAAUGUGAGAAGAAAAUUGAGUCUCAACAUAAGCAGUGAAUUGUUGGAAAACAGAGAAGACCUCAGAUUUAGAACGAAGAAAAUAAAUCCAGGUAUACUUCGUAUAAUCAUCAAUGAAAGUAACAAAGUAUUUAUAAUUGGCAUGCGAGAUAACAGGAGAAAUGCCCCACACAUCACUAUGAAUCAAAUCGAAACAAUGUUCAGCAUGACUACCAUGAGAAGGAAAAGAAAGAGACUUACUUUUACCUAAUUUGCAUGUGGAGCAAUCAAAAGAAAGAUGAGAAGAAAAAUUAUCUUUAUUGCCCAACAAACCAGAAUUUAUUACAUGAGAUAAAACAACGGAAUUAGGAUGACCCAACCGUUUGUGCCAUACUUCAUACUUAUUGUUCACAGUGUGACAAGCAAACGAAAUAACAGUAGGAAGAGAAAAAUGUAGAGGAAAUAAACGUCCAACUUUAGGCCCCUUCGCGAGUAUCUGGCCCGACACCUGAUCCUGCACAAGACAACCAUCACGAGAAAAACGAACAUCACAGUUGUUAUCAACCAAUUGUCCAACAGAUAUAAGACUAGUAGAGAGCUGAGGUGAUACAAAAACAUCCUGAACAGUAGAAUCAACAUCCCCAAUAGCAUGAAUAGGUAACUGACUACCAUUAGCAAUCUGAAUGUGUGAUGAGCCAUUAUAAGGCCGAACAUUGCUAAGAGUAUCAGAAGAGCUAGUCAUGUGAUUAGACGCACCCGAAUCAACAAGCCAUGUAAGGGAACCGUUACCUUGCAGCCCUAAGGCUGAAAAUGCUGAAAUAAUCAUUUGCUGAACCAUCUCUGUAGUAAGGGUAGAAGAAUCUCCUGUAGUAGCAGAAGAAGAGGAACCCACAGUAGCCUGAUAAGCAUUAGCCUGACGAUUCUGGGGACGAGUAGGACAAUCUUUAAUAAUAUGGCCCGGCUUCUUACAGUAGUUGCAAGAUUUUCUGGCACAGUGGGCAGCAAUAUGUCCGUAUUCCUUGCAGCUGAAGCAUUGAACGUUCCGCAUGUCCUGUCCCUUGCCUUUCCCGUGAGCAGCGUAAGCCACAGCAUUGGGUAUCAUUUUGUCAUGCUGAUAAGUGGCCUGGGUGGCAAGACGCUGCUCCUCACGAAGUAACUCCCCAAAACAAACAUCCAAAGAGGGCACAGGAUCACGGUUCAUCAAAUUGGAGCGAGUGACCUCAAAUUCAGGUCGUAACUUCAUUAAAAACUGAUCACGCUUACUUUGUUCAUGAACGGCCUGCACAACAGAGAGAGAAGCUUCCGGAACCUUGGCAUAAAUCAUGUCAGUAAACUCUCCCCACAGAGUAUUAAAACCAGAAAAAUAAUCUUGAAUAGAGAGAUCGCCUUGAGUGUAACUGGCAAUCUCAUAUUCUAAUUGAAAACGCCGGGCAGUAUUGUCCUGAUUAUAUACUUUCCGUAAGUAUUCCCACAUAGAUUGAGCAGUCUUAUAAGGCCUUAGAUUGAGAACAAUAAGGGGAUCAACAGAGCCUAAAAUCCAUGUCAUCACCCUAGCAUCUUUAAUUGUCCAUUGAGCCAACUUAGGAGGCUCAGUAGGAGAGGGAUCACUACCAUCAAUAUGACCCCAUAAAUCUUUCCCCAAAACAAAUAAGCGAAAUUGAAAUUCCCAAGCAGAAUAAUUUUUACCCGUAAAUUUCACAGUAAAAGAAUCUGAAGACAUGAUGCUCAUAAAAUGGAAACCAGCCAAGAAUAAUACUGCUGCACGUAUCUACUAAGCACCAAAAAAAUUAAACUCACAGAAAUGCCAAGAAGCUCCUGCACGUAAACUGCCGAAAGCUACACAGAGACUGCCGAGAAGCCCAAAUCUGUCACAGAAACUGCUGACAGCUACAAAACUCCAAGAAAUAGCACAGCCCAGCAACAACGACAGCAAGAAACCAGCACAGACAGUGCCGACGGGAUGAAAACUGACACCCACCACCAAGAAAAAAAAUAAUAGCAGCCCAGCCACAAGCAAACAACUCACAGAAAGUGCCGACAGAGUCAACACUAGCCUCCAACCAGAAAAAAAAUUAUCCCACGAGAAUGAACCAGAAAUAUUCCUUAAGGUCUGGCUCUUGAUACCAUGUCAAGAUGAUUCAAUACCUCCUGAGUGAGGGUUUCCUUUCAUUAUAUAGGCACAAGUGUGCAAGAUACAAGGCUGAAAUCAAGGCUAAAUUACAGGAAUUAAAUCUAUUUACAAGAAAAGAAACUAUGACUAUGUACAAAAUCUGUCUAAGUAUGGAAAGUCUGCUAUCUAAAUAAGGAAGUAAAUAUAUACAACUCAUAACAGAAAAUAAGGCAAGUGGAGACGUAUCAUGCUGUCAUUAAUCUGUCUAAGUAUGGAAAGUCUGCUAUCUAAAUAAGGAAGUAAAUAUAUACAACUCAUAACAGAAAAUAAGGCAAGUGGAGACGUAUCAUGCUGUCAACGUCUGCAUAUGCUUUGGUAUGGUUUUUUAAAAUGUUACUAUGGUAACAUUGUUCAAUGGUGCAACUGUCAAUCAGUACAUUUGACUUCUUGUUUUGCUAUUGUAAUUAUCUUUUAUAUUCAAUAUGCAGAAGAUAGUGUGCCUGGUCAGAAAUUAAAAUACCGGGUGGUCAUUGAUAAAUUAUUCAAAAGUUGCCCAACAGUUUGGUUCUUUUCCCUUUUGGAUUCUAUUAAUGGCAUUAGUGGUGCAAACUGUCAAGCAUCCUAUGGACUCUCCUCUUUAAGUAGUCAAUGCUUGCUUUUACAAUUGGCCUGCUGUCAUGACUUCCACAUGCAUCAUAUAGUGGAAAUCUGCAGUUUUUAUUUUAUUUUAUUUUUAUAAUUACAAAGUUCAUUGCUUCAGGACUAAGGUUUUCGUAUAUGAAUCCUUGGAAUUGAUACUUUUCUUGAACGCAUGAAAGGAAAGAAAUUUGUCUUUUGGCAUAUUGAUUUUCAGAUCAGGGACUUCCAUAUUGCAAAGAGAGAAGAAGAUAUUGGUUUCUAUGCAGGAUUUGAUCUUCGUUUAUGGUUGGAAGAGCUUUGACGUCUGUUUUGUGGGGAGUGGUAGCUGAUCGAGAUGGUCGAAAGCCUGUUAUAUUGAUGGGAACAUUUUCAGUGGUUAUAUUCAACACACUUUUUGGCUUCAGCACAAGCUUCUGGAUGGCACUUUCCAUGAGGUUUCUUCUGGGAUGUUUCAAUUCUCUACUUGGUACAAUAAGGGCAUAUGCUUCAGAGGUUUGUAGAGAAGAGCAUCGGGCUCUAGGACUGUCAGUUGUUAGUACAUCACGAGGCAUAGGACUGAUUAUUGGACCUGCCAUUGGAGGUUUUUUUGCCCAGCCUGCUGAAAAGUAUCCAGAAAUAUUUGCUAAAAGCUCCAUAUUUGGGAGGUUCCCUUUCUUGCUACCCUGCCUGUUAAUUUCGAUUUAUGCAGCAGGAGUAUUCGUUUCUUGUUGGUGGCUUCCAGAAACGUUGCACAUGCAUAAUGAGAGGGUAAGUGCAAGAUUCGAUCGAUGUGAUGUUCUGGAAGCUUCAUCAAAUGAAAUUAGUGAGGUGGAAAACAUAAAAGACGUUGACAGAAGAGUAGCACCUUCUAAAGCUAAUCUCCUAAAGAACUGGCCUUUAAUGUCUACUAUCAUUGUAUAUUGUGUUUUCUCACUUCAAGAGAUGGCUUACACUGAAAUAUUCUCUUUAUGGGCAGUUAGUAACAAAAAGUAUGGAGGGUUAGGCUUUUCAUCUCAAGAUGUUGGCAUAGUUCUAGCAAUCUCAGGGUUGGGGCUUUUACUGUUUCAACUUUUGUUGUAUCCACCAAUGGAAAGAGUCCUUGGGCCAAUUAUGGUUACGCGCCUCUCAGCGGUGAUAUCAUUACCAUUGCUGUCAAUUUACCCUUAUAUAGCUAUGCUCUCGGGGUUAGCCCUUCAUUUGGUAAUAAACUGUGCAUCAAUAUUGAGGAAUGCUCUAUCUGUUUCCCUUGUCACUGGAUUAUUCAUAUUGCAAAAUAAUGCCGUGCCUCAAAACCAAAGAGGAGCUGCUAAUGGCAUUUCCAUGACUGCAAUGUCAGUUUUCAAAGCAUUUGGCCCUGCAGGAGGAGGUGCUCUCUUUUCGUGGGCCCAAAAGCGGCAAGUAGCUGCCUUCCUCCCAGGUAAUCAGAUGGUUUUCUUCAUUUUGAACUUGGUCCAGUUUAUCGGCUUGGUACUUACUUUCAAGCCAUUUCUUGCACUCCCUCCACUAAGAAGCAAGGAAAAUGUUGCGAGAAAAACAUAGUUAUUUGUAUAAGUGGGAGACUUUCUGACCCGUUAUGUGGUAACUAAAGACUUCCCGAAAGUAUACGUGCCAAUAAUUCUGUCACUACAUUAAGCAUUGUAUUUAAUAAAUUUCAACUUGUAUUGUCGUUUCUCUCA